AUGGCACCUUCGUUAUCACCAAUUAGAUCGCACCACGUGGCAGUAAUCGGAGCUGGAGCCGCCGGAUUAGUCGCGGCGAGAGAGCUUCGACGGGAAGGUCACUCGGUGGUCGUCUUCGAGAGGCAGAAACAAGUCGGAGGAACCUGGAUUUACACCGAUCAUGUCGAGCCGGAUCCGUUAAGCGUUGACCCGACCCGACCCGUCGUUCACUCGAGCGUCUAUGGCUCUCUCCGGACGAACCUCCCUCGAGAGUGUAUGGGAUACAGAGACUUCCCGUUCGCGAUCCGAUCCGGCGUCUCGGAAUCCAGAGAUCCGAGGAGGUUCCCGAGCCACGGUGAAGUUCUGGCGUAUCUGCAGGAUUUCUCUAAGGAGUUUGGGAUCGAGGAGAUGAUUCGGUUCGAGACGGCGGUUGUGCGUGUUUCUCCGGCGGCGAAAAGCGACGGCGAUGAAGGAAUCGGAAAAUGGAGAAUCGAAUCUACAGAGAAGGAGAAGAAAACUCAUCGCGAUGAGAUUUACGACGCUGUUGUUGUUUGUAAUGGACAUUACAUUGAGCCUCGUCUCGCUGAAAUUCCUGGGAUAAGUUCUUGGCCAGGGAAGGAGAUGCAUAGCCAUAACUAUCGUCUUCCAGAACCUUUCAAAGAUCAGGUUGUUGUGCUGAUUGGGAACUCUGCAAGUGCUGUUGAUAUAAGCAGAGACAUUGCUGGAUUCGCCAAAGAGGUUCAUGUGGCUUAUCGGUCAAAUCCAGCUGAUACGUUUAUCAAACAGCCCGGUUACAGUAACCUGUGGAUGCAUUCAAUGAUAGAGCGUGUCCAUGAAGAUGGUUCUGUGGUUUUUCAGAACGGGGAAACGAUUCUUGUUGAUGUUAUCAUGCAUUGCACUGGUUACAAGUACCACUUCCCGUUUCUUGAAACAAAUGGAAAUGUUACCGUUGAUGAUAACCGUGUUGGACCGUUGUACAAAGACGUCUUCCCUCCGGCAUUAGCGCCGUGGCUCUCCUUCAUGGGAAUACCGUGGAAGGUUGUACCGUUUCCGUUGUUUGAGCUGCAAGGCAAGUGGAUCGCCGGUGUUUUGUCCGGUCGGAUUAUGCUUCCGUCUAAGGAAGAUAUGAUGGGAGAGAUCAAAUCUUUCUACGCAACACUUGAAGCUCAAGGGAUCCCAAAGCGAUAUACUCAUCAAAUGGGGAAUGCUCAAUUUGAGUACAAUGAUUGGUUGGCUUCACAAUGCGGAUGCUCAGGAACAGAGGAGUGGAGGAAAGAGAUGUAUUUGACGACUGGUGUGAGGAGGAGAGCGCAUCCAGAGACGUAUAGAGACGAAUGGGAAGAUUAUCACUUGGUUUCUCAAGCUUACCAAGAUUUCUCUUUAUGCUCUUCGCUGUGGAGAGUGACUCUUCCUGUGUCUGGGUAUCUCUUUCUCAUACCUUGUGAUCCGUGUAUCAAUAAAAUCUCUAACUGGGUUGACGAGAAAGUAGCUUGUAUACAUAACCUGGAGAAGAAUCUCACGGCUCUGGUGACAUCCAUGGAAGAGCUCAAGGCUAAGCGUGAUGAUCUGUCAAAAAGGGUCACAAGAGGGGAGGAUAGAGGUCAGCAAAGGCUUGCCGAAAUCGAGGUAUGGCUUAAUAGAGUUGCAAGUAUUGAAAAAAGAGUCAGUGAUCUUCUUAGUGCUAGAGAUGAUGAGCUUCAAAAGCUGUGUCUUUGUGGGUUUUGCUCUAAGAGUUUAAGAUCGAGUUAUGGUUACGGGAAAAAAGUUUUCUUGACGUUAAAGGAGGUUGAGACACUCCAUAGUAGAGAAUUUGAAGUGAUUGUUGAGGAAGCUCAAACACCUCGGAUGGAAGAAAGACCUCUUCAACCCACAAUUGUUGGUCAAGAAACGAUGCUUCAAAAGGCAUGGAAACAUCUCAUGGAAGAUGGAGUUGGAAUGAUGGGUUUGUAUGGUAUGGGCGGAGUAGGGAAGACCACACUUCUCACACAGAUCAACAAUAAGUUCAGCGACGUAAGUAGUGGAUUUGAUUUUGUGAUAUGGGUCGUGGUGUCUAAAGAGUUACAUGUAGAGAAGAUUCAAGAUGAAAUUGCUGGGAAAGUUGGUCUUGAUGGAUUUUUGUGGGAGAUAAAAGAUAAGAAUAAAAAAGGCAGAUUGGAGUCCCGUUUCCAACAACACAAAACGGAUGCAAAGUUGCCUUCACCACUCGUUCCCAAGAAGUAUGUGAUCAUGGGGGUUGAAGACCCAAUGGAAGUCCAAUGUUUAGCGGACAAUGAAGCAUUUGAUUUGUUCCAAAAGAAGGUUGGACAAAGAACAUUAGGAAGCGAUCCGGAGAUCCCUGAACUUGCAAGAAUAGUUGCUAAAAAAUGUUGUGGCCUACCAUUGGCACUCGAUGUCAUAGGGGAGACCAUGUCAUGCAAGAGGACGAUACAAGAAUGGCGUCACGCGAUAGAUGUUUUGACUUCGUACGCUAUAGAGUUUUCUGGCAUGGAAGAUAAGAUCCUUCCCUUUUGA